AUGCUCCCCCUGGUCCCCCAUGAACCCGCACGAUACUGUCUGCUUAUUUACAGCCCGUUGUCGUCGCUGCCGGGUAAAUUCGACAUCAUCUCCACCUCUGGAAGCACCUGUGGUCCAACCCGUAGUUGGAGGAACUCCUCUUCGUCGGUGUCUAAGUUGAUGAAGUCCGCUACCAUUGGUCCUUGGUUGAGGUCCGCCAUGGUCCUAACCGUCCUAGUCCGUGCUGGAGAGGGUACCUGUGGUCGUCUCGAGGUGUGUCGAGGUUCCGUAUGCCUUGCGGGAGGGUGCACCACUAAUCCCCGGUACAGCGCAAUCUGCAUGAGUGAAUGGUUCAUCAGCUCGUCCAGGUUCACCGCCCACAUUGCCAACGACCGUCCGUCGUACGGUUGGGUUGGAUCUGUAUGUUGUGAACCACCGGUCGGUGUUUCCGCGGCCGGUUCGGUCACGGUGUCCGUCUGCUUGCUCCUGUAA